CACUGUACGUUGGCGUCGGCGUCGCGCGCGGAUCGUUUUGUGCUAUUUUGCUGCUGAAUUUUCGCUGUUCUCGCGGUUUUAAACAAACGAACGACUGAAGAAGCCAAUAAGCGUGGUGAAUAGCAAUUAAAAGAGCGCGACGCAGUGGCUGUCAACACUUGCACAUCGAUUAACUAAAUUAAAAUGCCCCAGUUGGAGCUCGAAUUUUGAAGAGCUUGUCGAAGUACAGCGACAGCCGGAGUUGGUUGCCAUGAUGCGAUACUCGGAAAUCUCACGCGAUCUGUCCACGGAUAAUCUGCGCUACUCAGAGUUAAGCAGAAAGCCCACCACGGACUAUAAUGGAUAUACGGGUCAGGCCUACGCCACGACUCAGUUCAAGCAGAGCUCACCUCCUCCUCCUCCCUCGCAGCAACAGCAGCAGCCAACUCGGGUGUCCAAGCAACGAAGUCCGAAUACCAAUGGUAGUGCCCACACCAUGGCCUGUUUGCGCCAGGAGAAGACCCACAAGGAGCAGCAAAUGGAACCGCCCAGUAUGCAACCGCAGGCCAGCAAAACCCUGAAUAUAAAGAGCACGCGCCGCAAGAACUCCAUCGGUUGUUUGAAUAGUUUCUCCUCCUCGCCAGAUUCGCCUGGUUGCUACUACACUAUAGCAGCCUCGGCUUCGCUACCGUCCAAGUCGCAAAGUUUACCGGCCCACGCCUCCAUCAAGCAGUUGGAUGCGGUUAUUUUGAGCGCGUUACGUGUACCCGCCGAUGUGUUGGCUAAUCAGAUUACGCUACUGGAUUUUCCCGUCUUCGCCCAGAUCCAACCGGAUGAGCUGAGCAGUUGUGCGUGGACGAAAAAGGAUAAGCAUGUCAACACCCCAAACAUUGUGGCAUUUACCAAACGAUUCAACCACACGAGCUUUUGGACAGUGCAGGAGAUUCUCAAUGCCGAGCAGCCAAAGCAGAGAGCGGAGAUUAUUACUCACUUUAUAAAGGUGGCCAAAAAGCUUCAUGAGCUUAACAAUCUGCACUCGCUGUUUGCCAUUAUUUCGGCCAUGCAAAGCGCCAGCAUAUAUCGCUUGACAAAAACCUGGGCAUGCUUAUCGAAGAAGGAUCGAAAUGCAUUUGAUCGCCUCAGCGAUAUAUUCAGUGACCAGGACAACUGGGCGAAUCUGCGCUCCUACCUCGAGAGCCUCCGCCUGCCCUGCAUCCCCUAUCUGGGUCUCUUUCUCACCGAUCUGAUCUACAUUGACUUGGCCCACCCACACAAGGGCGGCCUUGAACCGGAGCAGCGUCGCAAUAAGAUGAAUAAUAUUUUGCGUGUCAUUUCGAACUAUCAGCAGUCGAACUACAAGCAUCUGCAGAAGCACGAGGCGACACAGAAGUAUCUGACUUCCAUAAGAUAUAUAGAGGAGUUGCAGAAUAUAUUCGAGGAGGAUCAGUACAAACGCUCUCUAAACCUGGAACCUGCGUCGCCCUCUGGGCCCAGUUCGUCGUCCUGCAGCUCAAAAGAGUCCUUCAACGUGGAAGUAGUUACUCCGGCACUUGGAUGCCUAAAUCUCUCGCCCGCGAAAACCAUUGGCUCCAUGCGCAUGGCAAGCGGCACCAAGUUUGUGCCAGGCCAUCGCAAGUGUCGCAGUCUGGGCACCAAAUUUCGCAGCAGCAGCCUGCCGCGAAACUUUGCCGAGAGGUGCCAAUGUUGCAUUGUCAUGAUUGCGCCGGGCAUUGGCACCAUCUCCAACAAGCGUUGCAGAUGCCGUCGCAUUUUUGGCAAGAUUGCGACGCACAACCACAGCGAUGGACAUCCUCACCACCUGCACCUGGAACUAGAUCCCAGCCAAGGGCAGCCUCGUCACCACCUGUUGGAUGAUUCGGUUUUGGAGCAUAGCGACGCUAUAUCGCAAGCGGAUCUAACAUCCCUGGAAAGUGCCGAGGGAAUAAUGUGUGAUUUUACCGGCAGCGAUUGCGAUUUGAUGUCGCCAGAGGCAGCAGCCGCCAUGCAGGGAUGUGUCCGCCGUAAAACGGUCCAGAAGGAGGGAAGGAAGCCAGCGGUGGCCUCCUGGCAACGAUACUGGCUACAGAUUUGGGAGAACUCGCUGGUGUAUUUCCCACCAAAAUCCUUUAAGGGAAGCGAACGCAGCGACUUUAAACGGGAACCGUGCAAAGUGUGUCCAUUGGAUGGAUGGUAUGCCCACGUUAGUGAUAAUACCAAGCACAAGAACACCUUCGAACUGUGCCACCGAACCCUGGGCACCGUCUAUCGCUUCCGAACGGACAGUCCGCAGAUGACGCAUCUCUGGUCAAAUGCCAUUUGCAAACUGGCCACCAUGCGAAUGCCCAAACCUCUGCCCACCAAUCUGAUGUCCUUCGAAUAAGCUGGGCUCCCAAGAACACACACAGGAACUCGAAUAUAUUGUACUCAUUGUAGCCUAGUUUAUCUAGUUUAGUUAGCUUUAACCCUUGAAACGUGCACAGCCAAAAAAACACCCACCCACCACAUCGCUCACUCACUCCCUAAAAACGAGGCAACCACAGAACAUUCCCGCAACCACAACGAACGAACAAAUUGCAGCUUGCAUCUAGAUGAAUCGAUUUCAAAAUGGUAUUUCAAAAGACUGACACCGAAUGAGAACACGAAGAUAUAGUAAAGGAGGAGCAGUUCUACGAAUGUAGCCACACAAUCACACAACAACAGACUAAACCGACAACGCAGGGAUAUUAGAAUCCCAAAUUUGUAAUGGCCCUGUUUUUAAAGUCCAAUUUUAUUUGAACGUAUCGGAAACGGAAUUGAGAAAACGGCUUGUCAUCGAAUAUAUAUUUAUUUUAGGAUUGUUUAGUGAUCCAGAAUUUAGAAAUGUAGUAAUCCAUUACUACUUACUAUACACCUGUUUACUCCCGAAUUCACUUAAUUUGGCAACAGGGCUGUCUCUUUGUUAAUGUGCUGUCUUUGCUGUACUUUGUAUUUGUAAAACGUAAUAUUAGGUAAAUUACUUGGACGUUUACUAAACUUAAUUUUGCGCAGACUGUGCCAUAUUAGUUUUAAAUUAAAUUUUUGUGUCUACACAAUCACUGUUGGCCAGCAAACGAAUCCGAAUUCGAUUUGCCCAGCUCCUAACUUUGUAACAAAGAAUCAAAAAAAAUCCAACGAACUUUCUACGCGUAACUAAGGGCUUUAAUAUUGUAUCGCUAUCACUAUCAUGAUCAACAUCUGUUAAUCUGUAUAUCUGCCUUAAGUUGAUGCACUAGACAUAAAUAGAGCUAUAAAGUACAUAUGUAACGUAUCCAACAAAUGCAUGCGUGAAUUAUAGGAAACGAAAGUAA